AUGGCAACAAAUGAGGCAGUAAGAUGGUUCAUGAUGAUUGGUUUUCUGGUGGUUUCAAUAUCACAAUCUUGUGCUUAUGGAAAGCCGGAAGUACCUUGUUUUUUCAUUUUUGGUGAUUCAUUGCUCGAUAAUGGCAACAAUAACUUCCUCCCAACGUUGAGAGUGAACUACCUCCCCUACGGGAUUGAUUAUCCCACCGGACCAACCGGAAGAUUUUGCAAUGGUCGAACUCCAGUUGACGUACUUGCUGAACUUUUGGGCUUUGAGAAUCAUAUCCCACCAUUUGCAACUACUUUCGGCCUGGCCACACUUAGAGGCUUGAAUUACGCAUCUGGCACAGCAGGAAUUCGAGCGGAAACGGGCUCUCAGUUGGGUGUUAAUGUCAACUUUGAUCGGCAGAUACAGAACCACAAAUCUGCAGUCUUGCGCAUUGCUUCCAUACUGAGAAGUAAAGAAUCAGCUAUGAAGUAUUUAAACAAGUGCUUAUAUUAUGUGGGAAUGGGUAACAAUGAUUACCUUAACAAUUACUUACAACCGCGGUUUUUUAACACCAGUCGCAUAUAUACCCUUGAACAAUAUGCUGCAGUUCUUGUUAGACAAUAUUCCAGCCAAAUCAUGACUUUGUACAAGUAUGGAGCGAGGAAGUUUGCCUUGGUUGGAGUGCAAGAUAUAGCAAAUGCGACCUAUGCUUUUAACCGAAAGCUUGUAUCUCUGGUAGAAAAGCUCAACGCCGAUCUUGGAGAUGCAAAGUUCAUCUAUGUCAACUCUUCCUCAGUGACACGUUCAACUUCUGCUGGAUUCAAGGAUUUUGACACUAGCUGCUGUCCGGUCAAUCGAAUAGGCCUAUGUGCUAUUUUCCAAAUUCCAUGCCAGAAUAGGAGUGAGUAUGCAUUAUGGGACUCAUUCCAUCCCACUGAGGCCUCCAACAUAGUCUCUGCAAGAAGAACAUACAAUUCCUCCGACCCGUCGGACACUUAUCCGAUGGAUAUCAGUCACCUGGUUAACCUCAGCCUAUAAUCCUGACU